GGAUUAUACAAUCCGUUUUUAUAAAAAUUUAAAAUAUUUUCUUUUUUAAUUUGGAAAAACGAAAUUGUUAAAAAAAAACAUAAACAGCUGUUAAUGACUAAGCCGGAAAUAUUUUUUGACGCCUUUUAUUUUUAAUAAGUUCGGUGGCUGCCAGACAGAAAAAAAGCAAACAAUAUGAUAUAAAAUAAAAGUUUAUUUACGUAUUAAAUACCUAGACCAGUCUUAAACGGAUUUUUCCAAAAAAAUUAUACGAACGAUGAAUCAAAUUUUCGAUAAAAAUUUGAAGCAAAAUUAAAUAAACCAGAAAUAGACAGAGAAACGUUUCAAAAACUUUUGAAAUUAGUUUUGCCCAAAAUUUAAAGUCGGGAAGAUCGCUAUUUCAAAACAGCAAAAUCGCUCCAUAAAUAUCGGAGAUAUGAGCAAGAAUCAGAGACAACCUCUGAAAAUGUCAUUUUGAGAUUUUUUUAUUCAUGCUCAAACAGAAAUUGUUUGUUUUUUAAGCUAAGACUUAACUUGGCCGAAUCGAAGAUUCACAACGCCAACUCUAAUUUUUCCAGUACGACUGGCAUCUCCACCAUUAUCAAAACGCUUAGGUUAAGUUAACACGAUUGCAUACGGUCAACAUGCAAAAACAAAAUACAUAAUCAUACGAGCAAGAAAUAUUUUGAAUACAAAUUUUCUCAAAUCAUGUCCACCACACAAGCUACCAAAAAUUGUAUAACUCUAAAAGGUUCGGCACAAAUUAUAGCAGAAUACUUAAAAUACGGCAUCAAUUCCAUACUCUUUCAAAGAGGCAUCUAUCCGGCAGAAACAUUUGAAAGUACACAACAGUAUGGUUUAACCAUACUCAUGUCCAAAGAUCCCAAAAUAGAAGAGUUUUUGAAAAAGGUGCUCGAACAAACAGAAGAAUGGUUGGCCAAAAAUAUGAUCAACAAAAUAUCCAUGGUCAUAACAAAUGCCCAUACCAAAGAAGUUCUAGAGUGUUGGGAUUUCAAAAUGAAUGCCGAACUGGGUGAUGGCGAUACCAGCGAUGCCAGUAAAUUGACCUCUUCCAAAGAACUAAAACGCAUACAAAAUGAAAUACGUGAUGUUAUGCGCCAAAUAUCGGCCACUGUUACCUAUUUGCCAUUAUUGGAUUGUAUUUGUACUUUUGACGUUAUGAUCCAUACGCUACAGACCUGUGAUGUACCCGAAAGUUGGGAUGAAACUGGUCCUGCAUUUAUACAGAAUGCCCAAGCCGUACAAUUACGUUCCUUUUCAACUGGCUUGCAUAAAGUCGAUACUGUAGUUAAUUAUAAAAUGGCUUCAUAGAAAUCCUAGUCGUCGUCUUUGGAGUUCGCAAACAGUUUCAAUAAGCAUUACCAUCAAUAUCAUCAAAAUCAUUUUUUGUUGCCGUGUCUUUUAAAGUAUUUAAUUUAUUUUGUGUGUUCUAUUUUAUUAAAAAAAAAGCAAAAAACAUUUAUAUUUGACUCUAAAAAAA